AUGGAUAAAUUUAUAAUUCGUUCAACUGAUAGCACUUUAGUGAGUGAACCACCAAAGAAAAAAACUAAAUUAAAUAUCAGACGUCAAUAUCAUGAAGAUUAUUUAAACAUAGGAUUUUCUUGGUCCGGUAACGUAGAUGAUCCUCGUCCAUGGUGUCUAGUAUGCGAAAUCGUGGACAAUUAUCUGAAAUUUGCUAAUUUACCAUGGGAAAAAUGUAUUGGAGUAUGUACCAAUGGCGCUCCCGCAAUGACUGGCUCAGUAAAAGGCUUUACUUCUUUUGCCAAGAAAAAAAAUGAAAAUAUAAUUUUCACCCACUGUUUUCUACAUAGAGAAGCCCUUAUGAAAAAAACAUUAGUAGGUGAUUUAAGAGAAGUUUUGGAUCAAGUUGUGAAAGUGAUAAAUUUUAUUAAAAGUAGUUCACUUAAGUCAAGGUUGUUUGAAAAAAUUUGUGACGGUAUGGAUUCAGAUAACUCAAAAUUACUUUUUCACAGUGCAAUAAGAUGGUUAUCAAGAGGCCGAGUAUUAUCACGUUUUUAUGAUUUGAGUGAAGAAAUAAUUGUAUUUUUAACAAUUGAAGAAUCGAAGUACGAGUUUCUUGGAGAUCAAAAGUGGUGGACAAAAGUAUCUUUUUUAACUGAUAUUUUUGAACAUUUGAAUAAAUUAAAUACAAGCAUGCAAGGUCAUAACGAAAAUAUCCUAACAUCAACUGACAAAAUGAUGGCUUUUAAUGAAAAAUUAACUCUGUGGAAAACAAAAGUUGACCAAAAAAAAUUGACAAUGUUCCCACGAACUGCAGAGCGAGAUGUUGGCUGGCCUCGUAUCGUUAAUAAGCGAAUCUAUCAUGUUACUGAAAGACAAAAUGAUGAAAUACUUUCCCAGCAUAAAUGUCGAAGACUAUGA